AUGUGGGGAAAGGGAAAAAGAUUGGAGAUUCACAACAAUCCUCUGAACCAUUCUACCUUAGUGAGAAUCCCAAGUGAGUACUUGAGGCAGAAGAUACUGGAGAAGAACAUUUGGUAUGUGGGAGACUCCAUGUUUCAUACAGCCCAAUGGUCUUCUGCUCACUCAAAGCUGACUCCUCCACUUAAAGCUAUCCAAAUAUGGGCUCACUUCACAGAUAUCCCACUUGACCUGAGGCAUGAAGAAGGUUACAGUUUAGCAGGAGGUCUCGUUGGAGAACCGAAAGAGGUAGAUGAGUUCACCAAAAACCUUGUAAGCCUCCCCAUGUCGCAUAUCAAGGUCGAGGUGGACCUCACUGUUUCCCUUCCAACUGUUGUGGAGUCCGAGAGAGAAAAUGGAGAAGUAGUUGAGUUAGCAGUUACUUACCCUUGGGUUCCCCUAACAUGCUCCCAUUGCCAUGAAUUGGGUCAUAUAGUACGGAACUGCUUGCUCUACACUCCUCCACUAGGUAAAACUUCAUCUGUCCAGAAACGGAUUUAUGUUUCAAAAAACCCUGCAAAGACACCUGCAAAGACAAAAAAGAACUCUCAUCAGACUCCCAAAGCCACUGGUGAAACCUCAACUAAACAGAAACUGAAUGAUAUUGAAACUACCCCCUCAAAAACCUCUACCCCCUCAAACACUGCCCCCUAA